AUGAAUAUUUCUAUUGAAAAGCCAUCUAUCGAUUGGAAUUGUUUUGAUUGGUUACGAAAGAAACAAAGUGAUAUUUCAAAAACUAUGGCUACGAAUCCAAAUCAAUUUCUUACGGUCCCAUCGAAGAAAGCGUUUGAUGUCAAUGUUUCAACGCCAAUCAAGAAUUUUAUUAAAGCAACUUUUGGUGAUAAAGAAGACUAUUCAGCUUCUGUUGAUGGUCUGAAUUCUCUUCGUGCUGAAGCAUUACUUCGCAGUAAUUAUAAAGACGAUUGUUCCAAACUACUUCGAUAUUAUGAUCAAAUAUGUGCGAUCGAACACAAACUACCAAUAACGGAAAACCAAAUUCGAAUUUAUUUCAAAUGGCAAGAUGGAUUUGUUAGUGGUGGAAGUUUAUUUGGAAGUAAACAAAAAACGAAUGGUUCAUGGAAAUUAGCCUACGAAAAAGCGUGUGUUCUGUUCAACAUUGGACAUGCUUAUAGCGAGUUAGCUUUGGCGCAAAAUCUCUCGAUUGAUGAUCAGAUGAAAACAGCAUUGAGAUAUUUUCAAUUAGCAUCAGGCGUUUUUUCGUUCCUGAAAGAUUAUGUUAAUGCUAAUUCAUUAUCGGAUCUCUCCGUUGAUUUUGAACCAGCAGUCUUAGCAAGUAUGUCAUGGUUGAUGUUAGCUCAAGCUGCUGAACUUAUUUACAUGAAAUCAGCGAGCUUGAAAGAUGAUAUUGCUGCGAAAGUUGCAGCACAUGCUGCAGAUUGUUACAAGGAAGCGUAUACAUCGUCAAAAACCGAAAGUGCAAAGAAAAUCAUUCCAGAGAAUUAUGUCAAUAUUAUGUUUGUUAAACACUUGUUAUUUCAAUCGAAAACUGAAUAUCAUGCUGGUAAUCAAGCUCAGGCUGAUCGAAAAUACGGUCUCAAGGUCGCACGUUAUGAACAUGCCAAAGACUUUGCCGAUCAAGCUGUGAGUAAAUGUACAAUAGCUGCUUUUACACCAGUACUGCGUGCAAAUCAAGAUGAAGUUAACAAAGCCUUGACUGCUGCAAAGAAAGAUAAUGAUUUCGUUUACCACGAACGUGUACCGGAUGUGAAAACACUCGAAGUGAUUAUAGCACAGCCAAUUGCGAAACCAUUACCAGUUACAUUUCCGAUUACACCGGAUUUUAGAGAUCUUUUUGCAUCGCUUGUUCCAAUUGCAUUAAAUAAUGCAUUGGCAGCAUUUAGUUCGAAACGAGCAGAAAUCAUGAACAUUGAAAUUAAUCGUCUUCGUGAAGCAACGAACGUCUUAAAUUCACUCUUGGCAUCGCUUAAUUUACCUGCUGCUAUCGAAGAUAGAGGUGGUCGUGAAAUUCCUCCCUCAGUUGCUGAAAAAUCGAACGAAAUCAAACGGCAAGGUGGUAUUAAUACCUUAGACAAGAUGGUCAAUGAGUUGCCUGAAUCGUUACAACGAAACAAGGAAAUUCUUGAUGAAACAAAUCGUAUGCUCGAUGACGAAGAACGCGGUGAUACUGAAUUACGUAAUCAAUUUAAAGAGCGUUGGACACGUACAGUUUCAUCAACUUUGACUGUUCCAUUACGUGAAGAGGCAAAGAAAUACAUGGAUAUUAUUCAAAAUGCCAUCAAUGCAGAUCGAAUUGUCCAAGAAAAAUAUCGUAUGAAUCGAGAUUGCAUUGUUUUACUUAGUAAACAAACACAUGAACUUGCGGGUGAACUUCCAUCAGCAACGGCUGCUGGUGCAUUACGUGAUUCAUUCAGUGUACGUGAAUUACAGCGUUUGAUGGAAACUGUAGCAGCUAUCAAAGCUGAGCGUGAAGUGAUGGAAUCCGAAUUAAAAAAUACAGAUUCUGAUGGUGUUCGUGCACGUUUGAUUGCAGCGUUUCAACAAGGCUCGCACAACGACGAAAACAGUAUUGUUGUACAUGAAAUCGAAUCGAUCUAUACACCAUUGCGUCAACAAAUAACAGAAAGUGUUUCGAAACAAGAGCAAUUAGUUGAAAAUAUUCGUCGUGCUCAUCAACAGUUUCAAAAUGAAAAACAAGGAAACGAAUCAUCAGCCAUGCGCGAAGAAAUGCUAAAGAAUCUCGCACGAGCAUAUGAUGCUUUUCAAGAAUUAUUGAGUAAUUUGAAAGAAGGAACCAAAUUCUAUAAUGAUCUGACACCAUUAUUGCUCAAAUUUCAAAAUAAAGUAUCUGAUUUUGUCUUUGCUCGUAAAACGGAAAAAGAAGAUCUGAUGAAAGACAUACAACGAGGAAUUGUUGGAGGAAACCAACCGACAACAACAGCAUCGACACAACAAGCUGGAGCUAAUCCAUAUGCAGCUAGUGCUGCUCCACCUUACCCUCAAUCUCAACAGCCGUCGGCUCCACCAACUGGUGGCCCACCACCAACGACAACACCUGAUGGUUCUUCAUUGCCAUACCCAGGUGCAUACAUGCAACCAUUCUUUCCCAUGCCACCUGGUUAUAAUCCAUACAAUCCAUUCUUUAAUAUGACGGCACCAGCCUAUCCAAUGGCGGGGGCUACUCAAUAUCCACAACAAGGUUAUGGCGUUGAGAAACCUCAAUCGGCAGGUGUGUAUGAGUGCCGUUGUAAGCAUGAAAAGGGUGUUUGUAUUCACUUCCCAUCACUGCCUACCGAGAAAAACUAUUCAAAGCACAGGAAAGAGAAAAGAAUCACGUGUGCUUACAGUAUCCUGCUGUACGCAUCUAUUCUACUUCACUUCUCUGUAUUAUCAAAUCCUACAGAACCGGACAUGGCAACUGACAAUUCUGCUCAAACCCAAUGGCACACAUUUCAAUGUGAUCAUCAAGAGUUUAAAAUACCUGUUCGGUACCAAAAUCCAACAAAAAUUGGGCAAGGUGCUUUUGGUGCUGUAAUCCGUUUGACAGAUACGACAACUGGAAGAACGGUUGCUAUCAAAAAGUUGAUUAACCCGUUUCCAGAACAUCCAGUAUAUGCCUUACGAGCUUAUCGGGAACUCAUAGUACUCUUGCAACUGAAAUAUCCUGAUGUGCAUAUUGCACAGUUACUCGAUGUUUUCACCCCUGAUCAAAACUUACAAGAGUUUCAAACUUUUUAUUUGGUAAUGAAAGAUGCUGGUCGCAGUUUGAGUGAUUAUAUCAACGAACAUCAGUUGACUGAAGCAGAAAUUAAAAAGAUCAUUUAUUCAAUACUUCGUGGUUUGAAAUUAGCGCAUUCAGCUCACAUUAUUCAUCGUGAUUUAAAGCCAUCAAAUAUUGGAAUUGAUCCUGAAACGUUGUAUAUCACGAUUCUUGAUUUUGGCUUAGCUCGUGUUGCAUCCAACGAAAUUCAAACAGGUUAUGUUCAAACAAGAUGGUGGCGUGCACCAGAAGUCUAUACCAACUGGGAGAAAUACGAUGAUAAAUUGGAUACAUGGUCUAUCGGAUGCAUACUGGGAGAAUUAAUUGUACGCAAGCCGAUUGUUCCUGGCAAGGAUUAUGUUGAUCAUCUGAAGAAAAUAUUGAAAUUAAUUGGUACACCUGAUGAGACAACGCUCCGCGAAAUUUGUACACCGGAAGUAGUAGCGUUUAUCUUAAGUUUAUCAUCGGAGCCUGGCGAAGAUUUCAAUACAUUGUUUGGUUACAAGUAUACUGAAGGAAAUCUUCAACCAGUAUCAGGCGUUUCACCUCAUGGUGUUGAUCUCCUUCGUAAGCUUCUGUCUUUUGAUCAUCGUAAGCGUCCAACUGCAGCGGAAGCAUUAGCUCACCCAUUUUUCGAUGGAUGUCAUCUUCCUACAGGUGAACCGACUGCAAAUAUAAUAGUUGACCAACAUCAAGAUGCAACUUAUCCAGUAGAAACAUGGAAAAAUAUCAUCUGGAAAAUAAUUCAGAAUGCUAAUAUUAAUACAUAG